AUGCUUGGCUUAGGAGCGUAUGAAAGCAGCAGUGACGAAGAGGUGGAAAAUAAUUUGCCCUCAGUACAAUCGAAGAAGAUCGCAAGCCAGCAAGCGCAGCCACAGGAAGUGACAAAAGCUACAGAAACCGCCAAUGAAACCACACCAUCAAAAGAGAUACCUGUUCCAAACACAGACAGGCCUGUUCUUGGGCCGACGCAUGAAGGCUCACAAAAUCCGCAAGAGCAACCAGCCGAACAUUCACAAGUCUUCUCAGCGGACCGAACAUUGAUCCAUGACCUAACACUUCCUCCGAUACCAAAUCUAGACAUCCCACCAUCUCCCCCUGGCUCUCCUAACCCUGCAGCAAAUGCCAAAUUCGCACACUUCUUGACCCUAAAGAAACAGGGCAUGCAUUUUAACGAAAAGCUUGCCGGGUCUACAUCCCUCAAAAACCCCAGUUUACUGAAGAAGAUGAUGGACCAUGCCGGCAUUGAUGAACAAGCACAAUAUCACACAUCUUUACCACCUGAAAUAUGGAACAUCAGCGAUCUGCCAAGUUGGGGGUAUAAAGAGGAGCUUUUAAAAGCGCAGAGGGAAAUUCAAAAUAGGGCUGAAGAAAAGAAGUCCGCAGGACAGAGGGAUGCUAUCAACUUUGUGGCUGCCACGCCUAGCGAGUUCUCCCGUGCAGGCCCUAUUGCUAGCUCAAGGCCAAAACAAAGGUAA